CUUUGGUAGUGGGUUUCCCAGCUGGUUGAUGUCAUCCUCGCUGGGUGCCUUCUUCCCUCACCUGGUAUUCUUGCGAUUUCAUGAUUGUAGAUUUUGUCCGAAAGUUCCUCCGCUAGGCCUAUUGCCCCAGCUAAAAUAUCUUGACAUCGAUGGAGCAGAAGCAAUCGUAACGAUCGGACCCGAGCUUUUUGAUCCCCAUACCUCAGCUAUAACUGCAUUUCCUAGGCUUGAAUACCUGAAACUCCGACACAUGCGCAACUUGAAAGAAUGGUCAUUAGACCUCGUGGGAGAAGUUGGUGAUGAAACCAGAGGAGCCUCUAAGCUGCUGCCGCGUCUCAAGUGCCUGGAUCUAGAGAACUGUCCCGAGCUAAUAGCUCUUCCGAAAGGUCUGGCGCAUGCCACCAACUUGCAGGAAUUGUAUAUUAGGGGCGCCCACAGCCUGAGAGAAAUCAAAAACCUCCCCUCCUUAACCGAUAAGCUCUGCAUUGGGAGAAACAUGAGGUUGGAAAGAGUAUCCAACCUUCCCAUGCUGAAAUCUUUGGAAAUACUGAAUUGCCCACGGUUAGAGCAUGUGGAAAAUCUUGAUAUGUUGCAAAACCUGGUCCUGGAACAUCCUUCUGCAGUACAGGGGCACUCAGCAAAAUGCCUGCCAGACAUUUCCACUAAUUUUGAUCAACAAACGGAGCACCUCCCACGGUGGUUAUUAGACCUACUCGGGCAGCAUCAAAAUGCUCCGACUGCAGUGCAGAAUCUCAGAAAAUUUCUACUGAUAUGCAGCUCACCACUGUUUAAGGGCAUCCUGGAGGAUACACCAAAUUUCAUUCAGUGGAUCCCGGAGGUCCGGAUCGAAGACGUAGAUGGUCCCUCAUGGAUACGGUAUGCCAGGGGACCCCCUCCCAGCUUUCAAACCAACAUACAAUCAGAAAAGUUUAAAAGUGUCCGCUCUUAAGCAAGGUGAUUUCUAGUUUUAUUA